AUUUUUUUUACCCUUGCCCGAGAGCUCGUACAAAGAAGGUACUUCAGCGUCACCAUUUCACAAAUUCUGCAAAAGAAUUCCGUACGCGGCUUGGGCUAAGAGGGAAGCAAUUCCUUGACCGGAGGCACUCGUCUUUGACCCCAUUGUUCCGACCCUCUUCCACCGCGAAAAGGGAAGGUUUGAGAGGGAAGACCAAGAGCGAGAAAGGAACAAAAGGAGGACUGCGGGCGGGUUUUUUUAUUGUGUUAAGAAACGAGAUAGCGGGCCUGAGGAAAGGAGAAGAAGAAAACUGCCAAGGUUGAAGAAAAGGAAAUAAAAACGAGAACAAAAAACGACAAGGGCAAAGAAAGGACGAAAGAAAGGGAGGAAAAAAGAGGAAAGAAAAGCUUCAACGAUGGCGAGCCCGAUGCCGAGCUACAAGACGGAGUUUCUGCAAAAGUGCAUCGCGGCGCAGGCGCUGCGCUUCGGGACGUUCACGCUCAAGUCCGGGCGGCAGUCGCCGUACUUCUUCAACGCGGGCCUGUUCCACCGCGCGGACCUGCUGGGCGCGAUCUCGGCGGCGAACGCGCACACGCUGGCGGCGACCGGGUGGGAGUUCGAGGUUGUCUUCGGCCCGGCGUACAAGGGGAUCCCGCUGGCGGUCGGGGCGGUGGACAAGCUGGCGCAGCUGGACGGGGCGCGCUUCGGGGCGGUGAGCUACAGCUUCAACAGGAAGGAGGCCAAGGACCACGGCGAGGGCGGCAGCAUCGUCGGCGCCGGCCUGGCCGGAAAGCGCGUCGUCAUCGUCGACGACGUCAUCACCGCCGGCACGGCCAUCCGCGAGGCCAUCGACAUCAUCCGCCGCGAGGGCGGUCACCUGGUCGGCAUAGCCGUGGCGUUUGACCGCCUGGAGAAGACGCCGGCCAAGGACGGAGAGGACGAGGCGGCCCCGCGCCGGAGCGCCAUCGGCCAGGUGAGGGAGGAGUUUGGCGUGCCCGUCGUCGCGAUCCUGACCCUGGACGACGUCGUCGAGUCGUUGCGUGCAAUGGGCUCCCAAGAGGAUCUGAAGCGGCUCGAGGAGUACAGAGAGAAGUACAGGGCCAGCGACUAGACUCUGUCUCUUCAAGACGCAUCCUCUGAUUACGGUAGACGCCAAAAAUCAUCAUUCACCCAUCAGUUCGCGCACAUCGUGGGACGGGAACGGUCAGUACAGAUAUCAAAUGAACUUUGCCCGAGCUUGUUCAAAACGAAACGGGGCGUAGAGGGCCAUGUCCAAGAAUCCAUAUCUGCUUUCACAUACGAAGGCAAGACACCAAAAAAAAAAUGAGGCGGGAACGUCUAGAAAUGAUAGAAAGAGAGGAUCCGCCACUAUGCUUUUGACCAUCUGAGUGGCACCGCCGGUAUUUAUUUUUUUUUUUUUUUCAUGUUAAUUAAAAAAAAGGAAUACAGCACUCAUACAUGUAUAAGCUCUCACGUAGGAAUGAAGACGAGCAAAGUCCACUUGCAGCAUCCAAAUGACAGAGAAGUAAACACAAGUCGAUCCAAGCAAUGCCCAAGAACCCAUUAUCCUUCCCAUUAUCCCGAAACACCAUGCGAAAGAAGGAUGAAGAGGUAGCCUUGCCAACAAUCCGUGAGCGACAGCGUUCAAAUAGUGAAAGAGUGAGAGAGAGAAAAGGCAGCCCAAUGUCCUUCCAUGGCAAAAGCAAGAGCCGCCUCCUUAUGAAGAUGUUUCGUAAAAUAAAACAAGCCGAAGAGAAAAAAACAAGACAGAUAUAUACAUGGUAGACCGCCGGUGAAAUCGAAG